AUGGCUCCGUCAACGCCAGCCCCUGUCAGUUCUACCGUCCCAUCGACACCAAAUAUACCACACCCGCCUUUUCAUUGCAAGAAAUGUAGAAGUCUCUUAGCUGAUCCAGAUAAGCAAAGAAAAGGCGAAGGGUACUUUAAAAACUGUAAAAAGUGCCGUGAAAAAGUUACAACAUCCCGUCAGCGACGGAGGGAUGAAGGGAUUAAGAGAAAAGCGACUGAUACGGCGCCCAAUAUACCCAAUCAAAAGCCGCCACAGAAAUGUCCGGGGUGCGGAUCUCAGAUUGAAAAAACGACGGGAUGCGACCGCAUGACUUGCAAGUGCGGGUUCGAAUUCUGCUACGUUUGCCGUGCACCAUAUGCUGGUCCGCAGGGUAUCCGCGCACUCAUCGCACAGACCAUGACCAGAAAAAACAGAAACAAUCCGCAUGUUCCUCCCUGGGUGACAGCUAUACCAUAUUUCAAACACGCAGCAAAAGCCUUCAAAGACGCACAUAGACCACAUUGGACUCCCAAGACAAUAUGGGCUGGCGACACACUCACGCGCGAUUACUAUUCAGCACGCAAGGGUAAAACAAGAUUGUAUGGUUUGCCUCCAGGCCGCGACAUAAUACCACAAAAUCCCUACAACGAGCAGGACAUUGCUCACGCAAGAGCCAAUAAGACUCUACCACCACGACGUGAUGCAGGAGGAAAUCCGAUCCCCCCUGUGCCAGCUGCACCUCCACUACCUCCACCACGACCAAGGAAUAACUACCCCUACGACUUUUGGCCUCGAGAACCUUGGCAUCCCGAUCCAAUUGAUCCAGCACGAGAUAUGACGAUGGAAUUUCUCGCACAGAACGACUAUGUCUUUCUCGAGACUGCACCUAACCAGUGGCCGGUAAGAGAUGAAUCAAACUUCCGCGGAGCGAAGUGGUUGGGAAACGGAUCAUAUGGCUGCGCGGGAUUAUGGUGCCAGGUAAAACCAACGAAUACAAUUGAAGGAAGAUUCGUCAUUAAGGAAGCUCGAAUGAGUAAAGGGGAUUGGCGAGAUCCUAUUAAGUGGCGCGACCAAGUCCCGCAAGAAAUCCGAAUCCACCAACUCGUCGACAGCAAUCGCGCCAAUGCUAGUGAUAACCAUGAUACAAUCAUUGAACACUACGGGUACCGACUGAUGAUGCGUCAGCGCAGAUACCGCAUUUACCUCGCCUACUACCAAGGUGGAAAUCUUCACUCUGCACUAAGCGGAAGCAUGCCCAAUCAAGAAUUGGUGGACCUAUACACAUCGCCACGCAUAGACCCAACCAAAAGGCGUGAAGGCUACAACUGGGACGCUGAACUACGCUGUUACAGAGACCCAGAAAACAAUCUACCCACUAUACUACCCGAGCGACUGAUCUGGGAGAUUAUUGAUUCCCUCACCAAAGCAUGCCAGAUUCUGCAUUUCGGGCAAGCAGACUAUGAAGUCGUGGCUCCAGGAGCAAAAAGAAUCACACACCGCGACAUCAAACCCGACAACAUUUUUAUUGAAACUAUGAUGGACAACGACGAAUUUCCAAGAUUCAUUCUUGGAGACCUUGGGCUCUCGUUCUUCUCGCACGGCAAAGACGAAGAUAACGGCGUGCCACAUGGCUCCCGCGCUCCACCUGACAACCCGGACCAAUACACCUGGUCACACGAGUGCUUCGACCACCGCUACGCGCCCGAGGUGUACGAGAAAACACAAGAGUCGAACCCGCACCCGAUAGGUGAAAAAACAGAUGUCUGGCAAAUUGGGGCUGUCCUCUUCUGGCUCCUAACCAACGGCUUCGCGAAUUCCUCUCGCGGUCCCAAAGCACCAUUGUACGAUAUCCCCACCUACAUCUCGCAGGCUGAGCGUUUCCCGCGAAUAGAUAGGUUCAAGCAAACAGAUAGGUUUGACGAUGAGAUGUAUCCGACGCUGUUGAGGUAUGCGCCUAAGUUUAGGAAUCUUUGUGCGCGCUGUGUGAAUUGGGAUCCGGAUAAUCGGCCGGGGCUGAUGGAAGUAAGAGAGGAUUUACGGCAGAUUUUGGAUGAGGAUCCGGAGAUGAGUGCGGAUAGGGAUUAUGGGCCGUUGAGGCCGCAGGAAGAUAAGGAGUUUAGGCUUGGGGCGCAUUUUCCCUGUUAUCCCCAGGUAGGUUUGUAGAAAUUGAAGGUGGUCAAGUGGUUAUGUUCUUUGGUAAUGUUUGGUUAGAUAGGGUAGAGUGUGGAAAGCUUUA